AAGUGAACUAAUUUACUUAUUUUUUAAAAAAAAGAACAAAAUACAAUAGACUUUUAAUAGAGUAACCUCUAUGGUAUUUAUAUAUAUACACAUAUAUAUCCCAACUCUACAACCACGACUAGAAUAGUGGUUCAUUGUGGAUACGUGGAUCGGCCCUUAUUUUCAGCUCCCAAUCUCUUUCUAUAUAAAAACCACACCCAAGUAGUCUCAUAAGCUCUAUUUAGAGCCACACAACAUGGAAUUUACUUGUCUUUGUCACACUAGAACACACUCCAUCAACACCAUCAUCAAAAAGUUCCCAAAAUCAAGCCAAAUGAGCCACUGCCGUCGUCUGUUAAGGAUACCAUCGUCAGCUCAUGGAGGUGUGCAAAGCCAUGGAGUAGUGGUUGGGUGUAUGGGUUGGGAUUCAGGGUUAUUGGCUGAGAAGAAACAAGAAGAAAAAGAAGAGUGGAUGAGAGAUGAGAGGGUGAGUGAAAGGUGCAAAGGAAGGAAGGGAAUGGUGGAGCUGUUGGAAUGUUUGGAAACUGAAGCAAUUAUGGGGGAAGACCAGGGAAGGGACCCUAUGGAUUACAAUAGAAGAGCUCAGAUAUUUGAUACCAGCUCCAAGGUUUUUCAGGCUCUCAAGUCUCAUCAACAACAGUCUUGAUGUUUUUCUCGUGUACUAAAAAAUAAUAACGUUUCAUUCAUGAUUUAACCCCUGAAUUUUCCAUUCGUCGUUCUUGCAUCAACGGUUCAAGAUCACUCUGCUUGGUACUUCUCUCA